AUGCAUUUCACCAAAGCCGCCGCCACUGGCCUUGCUGUCCUGGUAGGAUUAGCCAGCGCCCAUCCAGGCCACGAUGUCGCCCAGGAGGCUGCCGAACGACGGGAGUUCCUCGCCAACGCUAAGCGGACUGAUCUGAGCCACUGUGCUGAGAAGCUCCGCGCCCGCGGCAUCGAGGCCAAGAACAUCGCCAGACGUAAGGCUCAGGUCGAAGAGGCUCGUCGCAAGAGAAACAUCAAGAAGCGUGAUAUCGGCGAUGUCUUGGCCAAGAGCCACAACAAGACCUCCCUUGGCUACACCCCCAACACCGAUAGCGCAACCCUCUUUGCGGGCAUCAACUCCUGCAUUCUGAGCCCCGAGGUCACCCAGGGCCCAUACUAUGUUGCCGGCGAAUACGUGCGUGAAAACCUCAUUGAGGACCAGGAAGGCGUUGAGCUCCUUGUUGACUACCAAGUCAUCGACGUCGACACAUGCGACCCUGUUCCCAAUGUUUACCUCGAGGCGUGGGCUUGCAACGCCACUGGUGUGUAUGGCGGUGUCAUCGCCGGCGGCAACGGCGACACCGCUGAUGCCUCCAACAUCCACAACACCUGGCUUCGUGGCAUCCAGCCCACCGAUGAGGAUGGAGUUGCCCGUUUCCAGACCAUCUUCCCCGGCCACUACACCGGACGUACUGCCCAUAUCCACAUCAUGGUUCACACCAACGCCACCCUCCAGCCCAACCAGACCCUAGGUCAUGACAACUAUGCUAGCCACAUUGGCCAGGCUUACUUCGACCAGGAUCUCAUUACCGCUGUUGAGCAGACGGCCCCGUACAACACCAACCGUCAGCCCUUGACCACCAAUGCUCAGGACUUCCUUCUCGCCCAGGGCUCGGCUGGCGCAGUUGACCCGGUGAUGGAGUACACUCUUCUUGGCGACUCGGUCGAGGAUGGUCUCUUCGCUUGGCUGUCGUUCGGUAUCGACACCUCUGUCAGCAACAAGAUUAAUCCUGCUGUCUACCUUGGAGAGGAAGGUGGCGUUGCCAACCCCAACCCUGGUUUCGGUGGUCCUGGCGGUCCCGGUGGUCCUCCAGGUGGCUGGACUCCUCCUCCUGGAUGGACUCCCCCUCCCGGAUUCCCCCUUGAGGAGAACGAGGAAGUUGAGGCUUAG